AAAAUAAUUAAGUCUUUAUUGAACUCAUAUCAGCCAUAUCACAAGUUUAACCUCUUAAAUUGAAACUUGUACAAUUCAAACAUUUAUAGUAGAUAAAACACUUGAAUAAUCAUAUUAAGAUCUACUGGUGAUGGCUGAGGAGAUUCCCCUGUUCUCUAUGUAAAAGCGCUUUGAGUGUAGUGUCAGAAAAUUCAAAAUAUGUAAAUAAAAGUGUUGUUUAUCUUCAUCAAAUUAAGUAAUAUUUCAGUUUCAAAUGUUUGAUCGUAUAACAUAAUAUUAACAUGAAAAUAGCACGUUAUGACUCCAGCUCCACUCAUGAUCGCACAGUCGAUGACCAGGUAAGCUCAAAUUGGGAGAUUCAUCCGCCAGAAGAGCAGUGCCAGAACACAACUGACGUAACGUACUCUUCCGCAGUAUGCUUGCAGUUUUAAGUUUCAACCACAGAUGUCACUAGAGAGCAGAACGUCCCGAACAUGCACCACUGCAUGCCAUAGAAUAACUUAUGUAAGCUUUUUGGACUACUAUCUCCCAAGACCCCUUGCUUCACGGAAGAGGAGGGGUUUGCGACGCUUCCGAGAUGCGGAUGUUCGGCCACAUAGAGCUCCGUGGAAACAGUAUUCAACAUUUUAUGACACGAUAGAAGUGAAAGAGGAAAGUCAAGAACUGACUGAAGAGGAGGAGGAAUACCAAUACCAGGAUCCUCAGAAUUUCACAACUGGAGAAGAAUCUUAUAGUUUCAGGGAAACCAUAAAGAUAGUUUCAAAAGAAACACCUCAGAGACCAGAAGCCAACAAUUCUUUUAUCUGCCCUGAAUGUGGAAAGAGUUUUGCACAUAAAGGACAUUAUAAUGAACACCUAAAAAUUCACUCUGGAGUGAAGCCUUACGUCUGCCCUCAUUGUGAAAAAGCUUUCACAUGUAAAGGACACCUUAAAAGACACAUUAGAAUUCACACCGGAGAAAGGCCUUACACAUGCUCAGAGUGUGGAAAGAGUUUCAAAUGUUCAACAAAUCUCAAAGAUCACCAGCGUUCUCACUCUGGAGUAAGGGCAUUUAAAUGUGAGCAGUGUGGUAAAAGUUAUAUUUUGGCAUCUAACUUAAAUGUUCACAUGAAAACUCAUACAAAUGAGAAGCCUUACGUGUGUGCUGUGUGUGGAAAGGCUUUUUUGCGCUUGGGCUGUUUUAAUGAACAUCAGAAAAUACAUACCGGUGAGAGGUCUUAUAUAUGCUUUGAGUGUGGGGAUACCUUUGUUAGAUCCAGUGCCUUGAAACAGCACCAAAAAAUUCAUACAGGAGAGAAACCUCACAAGUGUUCAUACUGUGGAAAGGGUUUCACUCUUUCAGGAGCCUUGAAAAGACAUGAGAGAGUGCAUACUGGAGAGAGGCCAUAUCACUGCACUGCAUGUGGCAGGAGUUUCACCCAAUCAAGUGAUCUGCAGUAUCAUAGAAAAAAGCCUUGUCCGAUGUUGACACAAAACACACAAAGUUCAUCUUCAGUUGCAGUGUAAAUUGUGUGAAAUUCAUAAAAAAAAAAAAAUAUAUAUAUAUAUAUAUAUAUAUAUAUUGCAUAAAGACGUUUAGGACCAUUAUGAUUUUUUUUUAGCAUUGUGACAAAAUGCAUGUAUUAAAUAAUCUAAAAAUGUAAAAAGUCUAAAUGACUCUAAAAAGGCUUAAUUUUCUAUAUUCGCACAUGACAGGUUUCGUGACAAUUGCCCAGAAGGGCCUUGCCUUGCAAAGCCAAUACACAGUAACCACCAAUGGUGAAACAAAAAAGUGGCUUCAAAGUUUUUUGAUUGUGGAUUAUUAAAUAGUUUCACUCUCUGUAUCCAAGCAUAGUUGAGCCAAACUUGUCUGUCUCAGGACAGAUCAUAGUUUGAGAGACAUAGCUAUGGUCAUAACUUUUGACCAAAUGUGUAGUUACUGCAUUUUGCCUUUGCAGAGCAGUACAGUACUUUACAUGCUUUGGUGAAUGAACUGUCUGUGACUGGUAGAAUGAGGUUUGUACUUGUUUGACAGAAAAUGUACAGGGAGUAAAAAAUAUUUAGUAAACUAGUGUUAUUGGUACCAUUUUGUGGUCAAUGAUUGGGGGUAGCAAUAGUACUCAAAUUGUAUAUUGUUAACACAGUCUAUUAUUUCUCAUUCAGUUUUAUUUUAUGUUAAAUUUAAUUCUGUGUUGCAAGGUAUUGUACAGAGAACUAAACAACUUUUUUGUAUGCUUGUAUCACCAAUUUUACUCAAUCUGAGUAGCCAUAUUUCUUGACAGAUUUGACUGUCUGGCUGAAAUAUCUAAAGUGGUAUGGUUGCUUGGGUCAUUCCAGUUUUCUGACUGUGUAUUUUUCCUGGCAGAAAUCAAUUUAACCUGAGCAUGUGGAUGUUUAUGAUUAAAAAAAAUUGCCUACAUUAAUAGUAUGUCCUAUAUUGUACUUGAGGCGAGUUCAGACUGAAAACAUAUGAAGUUACUGUUGUGAGGGAUUUCACUGUUCUGUAUAAUUUGUUGCAUGCAUGCAUGGUUGUAAUUAUUAUUAUUUUUUUAAAUAUGCAUGGAAAACCACGUCAGAAAUUGUCGACAGUCUGAGUUUGGUUCGUACAUUGAUAGAUUGUUCAUCUUGUUUAUAUUAUGAUGCAAUUAGCACUGCUGCAGUUCAUAUAAAAACACUCUCCUCUGCAGAAUGCUUAUUUUAAAAGGCAAAAGAACUGAUUCCUUGUCAAAUUAGAAUGAUAUCUUAGUUUUGCCAUGUGAUUUUACAUCUGUGAUCAGAAUUUAAAUAAUUAUGGCCAAUUGUGCAGUCCACCAAGAACGUCACAGUAGGAACGCCUAUAGUGACUUAUCGUACAAGGACUACAACAUCAAGGGAUGUUGCUGGCGGUGUGAAGAGAGUUUAAUAUGUAGUGUAUAGUGUAAUGAUUGUACAUCAAGUGUGACCUUUGCACAGAGCAAGAUGUAUUUUAAAACUGUAUUUUUAAUCAAAUCAAAUCAAAUGGAAUUGACUUUGUAUCUCAAUUCUGUAGGCAUA